CGUCAUCCUGGACACAGGCACUUACUGGGGAGGUCUGCUGUUACGCUAUAAUUAACCUUUUUAGGGCCUGGUGUGUGAGGGUCAUUGCCAGAGGUCAGAGGUCAGAGGGCGCAGCGGAGAGCAAGGAUGAACUGCCUAUCACUGAGGGCUUUACUCGUCCUGGGAGUAAUGUCCGGCACCUGGGCGCAAGAGGCCUAUGAGUGGAGCACCUGGUUCAACGUGGACCACCCCGGGGGCCGCGGGGACUACGAGCAGCUGGACGCCAUCCGCUACUACUACCGCGACCGCGUGUGCGAGUCGCCGCGGGCGCUGGAGGCCCGCACCACCGACUGGAAGCCCGCCCACAGCACCGGGGAGCGGGUCCACACCGACCCGGCCGUCGGGUUCUGGUGCUCCAACGCCGAGCAGCCGGCCGGCCGCAACUGCUCCAACUACGCCGUGCGCUUCCUGUGCCCCGCAGGAGGUUCUGGGUCUGUGGUCCGGAGCGCGUGGGGUCCUUGGUCCGACUGGAACCAUUGCCCUGCCAAGUGCGGUCAGGAGGCUGUGCAGGUGCGCUCCAGGAGAUGCAACUCCCAUGCCCACCACUGGGAGCAGCAGUGCACGGGCCCCACAGUGGAGGGCAGGGUAUGCAAAGGACCUGCGUGCCAAGUGUGCUCCCUGCGCUGUGAAAUGGGCCGGGUGAACGCAGACUGCGACGUGUGCAUGUGUGAGGACCACCUCCUGCUGGGCUCCGUGCGCAGCGCAGGGGGGCUCCCGGCCCCCGGGGCCUCCCUGUUCCGCCCCGGCGUCGCCCCCAAGCUCCUCACCGCCGCCGACCACAACGGACACUUCCGCGUCCCGGGCAUCUGCCCCGACGGGAACAGCACCCUGAUCGUCCGGCUGCCGAAACACGCCCCCCUCACCGUCACCGUGCCCCGCAGCACCCAGAGCACCUCCGUGCUCCACGUCCGGCUGGACAGGGCAGAAAAACUGCACAUCCUCCAGAACCCAGAGCGCAAAGCCCGGAGGGAGAACCAAUCUGCCUCCUUCUGCUGCAAAGUGGGAGGCACCCCCCCACCUGACAAGUACCAGUGGUUUCACAAUGGCACUCUGCUGCAGGGCAGGCAGGUGACUAGCGAUGGCAGUCUAGUGCUGAAGAAUUUGCAUGUGGGCCAGGCUGGGGAGUAUUACUGCCGAGCCAGCAACCAGGGAGGAGCCAUCAAAUCCAAACCCGCUGUGCUUACUGUCCUAGGUCGCGAGGUCCCUUCCUGCAACCCGAAGCCCGAAUCCCACCUCAUCCGCCUGCCUCACGACUGCUACCAGAACGAGAGCGGCUCCCUCUACUACGACGUGGGGAAAUGUCCGGUGGCGGUCUGCAUCGGCCAGCAGGACAACGGCAUCCGGUGCAAGGACUCCGUGGCGCACUGCUGCGGCGUGGCCAAAAUGGAGGAGCGGCAGAUCCCUUGUCAGGGGUACCAGCUGCCCACGAUGGUGGUGGCGCAGUGCGGCUGCAAGAAGUGUGUGGAGACCAAGGCCAUCGUGCGAGGGCGAGCGCUGGCGGCGGACAACGGGGAGCCCAUGAGGUUCGGCCACAUCUUCAUGAACGGCGUACGGGUCAGCCGCACGGGGUACAAGGGCACCUUCUCCGUUCAGGUGCCUCCGGACACCGACCGGCUGGUGCUGACCUUCAUCGACCACAUGCAGAAGUUUGUGAACACCACCAAAGUGCUGCCGUUCAACAGGAAGGGGGGAGCCGUGUACCACGAGGUGAGGCUGCUGAGGAAGAAACCGCCCGUGACACUGCAGGCCACCGAGACGAACACCCUGGAGCUGGGGGAAGUGGCCGGUCAGGACCCCAUCGCCGUCAUCCAAAUCCCGCCCAAUUCCUUCUACCGCGAGAACGGCGAGGUGUACACGGGCAGCGUGAAGGCCAGCGUCACCUUCCUGGACCCCAGAGAUGUCUCCACGGCGACCGCGGCGCAGAGCGACCUGAACUACAUCGGCGACGAGGGCGAUGUGCUGCCGCUGAGGACCUACGGCAUGUUCUCCGUGGACUUCCGGGACGAGGAGGUGGACGCGCCCCUCAACGUGGGCGAGGUGCAGGUGCUCCUGGACUCCGCCCAGGUGAAGAUGCCCGAGCACCUGAGCUCCAUGAAGCUGUGGUCCCUGAACCCGGAGACCGGCCUGUGGGAGCAGGAGGGGGACUUCCGUGCCGAGAAGACGCGCCGAGGGAAGCGGGAGGAGAGGACCUUCCUCAUCGGGAACAUGGAGAUCAGGGAGAGGAGGCUGUUCAACCUGGAUGUCCCGGAGAACAGGCGCUGCUACGUGAAGGUGCGGGCCUUCCGCAGCGACCGCUUCACGCCCAGCGAUCAGGUGGAGGGGGUCGUGGUGAGCUUGAUCAACAUGGAGCCCACCCCGGGGUAUUCCUCCAACCCACGGUCCUGGGGCAGGUUCGACAGCGUCAUCACAGGUUCGAAUGGCGCCUGCCUGCCCGCAUUUUGCGAUGACCGGAAGGCGGACGCGUACACUGCCUACGUCAUGGCCAACAUGGGCGGAGAGGAGCUGGAGGCCGCCCCAUCCGCCCCCAAGUUCAACCCCAACACCAUCGGAGUGUCACAGCCGUACCUGGGAAAGCUCAACUACAGGAGGACCGACCACGAAGACCCCAAGGUGAAGAAGACCGCCUUCAGCAUCAAUUUGGCCAAGCCCGGUCCCAACACGGCGGAGGAAGGAGACGGCCCGAUUUACUCCUUCGACAACCUGAAGGAGUGCGAGGAGGCCCCCUUCAGCGCGGGACACUUCCGCUUCUACAGGGUGGAAGGGGAUCGGUACGACUACAACACCGUGCCCUUCAACGAGGACGACCCCAUGAGCUGGACCGAGGACUACCUGAGCUGGUGGCCCAAGCCGAUGGAGUACCGGGCGUGCUACAUCAAGGUCAAGAUCAACGGCCCCCACGAGAUCAACGUGCGCUCGCGAAACAUGGGCGGCACCCACCCGAGAGCCGUGGGCCAGCUCUACGGCAUCCGGGACGCGCGGAGCAUCCGGGACAUGGACAAGUCCACCGUCUCCGCCGUCUGCCUGGAGUUCAAGUGCAGCGGGAUGCUCUACGACCAGGACCGCGUGGAUCGCACCCUGGUGAAGGUGAUUCCGCAAGGCAGCUGCAGGCGGGACAAGGUGGACUCCAUGCUGCAGGAGUACCUCGUCAAUCACCUGCCGCUCGCCGUCAACAACGACACCAACGAGUUCACCAUGCUCGCGCCGCUCGACCCCCUCGGCCACAACUACGGCAUCUACACGGUGACCGACCAGGACCCUCGCACAGCCAAGGAAAUCGCUUUAGGCCGCUGUUUCGACGGCACCUCGGACGGCACCUCGCGGGUCAUGAAGAGCAACGAGGGCGUGGCACUCACCUUCACCUGCGCCGACCGGCAGGCGUCCCGCCAAAGCUUCUUCCAGACGCUGCAGAACUCCCCCGGGCAAUCGCUGGUCGGCGCCGUGCAGACAGGGAGGGGCCGCAGGAGGCAGAGGGGCGGCGCAAACUCGGCCCGCGGCAGCCGCAGGCGUAGCACCCGAAACCCGUUCGGCACGCCCAGCAGAACCUCAGGCUGAACCCCUCCCCAGUCUCACGUGUCUGGGACGAGUCUGUGGGCUGAGUACCUGAAACUGGUUCCCCAGGCUUAGCCCUUGGGACGAGCUUCCGUGGCUGUGUGAAGUUUUAACUGGGUCCCUAGGGCUAGGUCAUUUGACUAAAUCCCUUGUGUGGAGUACCCUUGGUUAGUGCUCGAAAGUCUCCAGGCCGAGUUCUUCAGUAACAAUCCAUUCGCACAAAGUGACAACACCCACAGCAGUUCACAUUAGAAUUAGACUUUGUGUUUUCCCAGAAUACACUGGGGGCCUGGUACGUCGAGUCAAUACUUCACCAACAUUAGCAUUUCACUGUUUAUUUUUAAAUGCCCUCGUGUCAGUAAUUGUAAAAAUGUAAUUCCAAAUGUCACUGUACUGUAUUUUGUACACAACUCACAACUGGUCACUUCCGAAUCAUCAUCCUUAUCUUUUUGUAAUGAGAAAAUGUACAUACUUGUCCAGUCAAAUAUAGUGCAUGAAUCACUUCAUAGCUAGUUUAUCUGAUGAAUGGCAUCCAGAACAAUCAAACUGCCUAUAAUCAUGCACAGAAUAAGCGUGGUGUGAAAGGAAAUAAGCUGGUGGAUAAUGAGAGAAAAACAGAAAAGGUUUAUCCCAAUAAUGUUUUUCACUGAAAGUUUUUCCAUGCGUUUUCUUUUUUCCUAAUAUGUCUAAACAAUCUAUUUAACAAACUUGUAACAUUACGGUUUUACAUUUUAAAAACUUGAGAAUGUGCAUAGCAUGCACAAUCAGAUCAUUAGCUUGAACAACAUUCUCAGUAUUGUGUUCAAUAUCAAAGCCAGGGUCAAACAUGGUGUGAACCUGUGAAACAAAAAAUAAACGCAUAUUGUUCUUUUUGUAUCAA